GAAAACGAGAUUAAAGGAAUUCUAAGAGGCUCACAGCAGACACAUGGAAGGCGCAUGGUGCUGAGGCUGAGUGGAAUUUUUGGAACAUGCAAACUAAAUAUUAAGAGAAAAAGCAGGGACAAUGUUGACCGCACCACCAGAUGAGCCAGACGCAAUGCGUGAGCCUCAGUUUGGAGCAAGCUUUCCACGUUCAAGCGUCCAUGACAGCCAUAGACAAGAUAAACAAGAUCAACGCAGACAACGGUUUGACAAUUUGGAUCUGCACGAAGAAAGCUCAGACAGGGAUGAUGAAGAAGAGCGAGACGAAGACCAGGAUGAAGAGCAGGACGAGGGCGGCCUGAGCAAAAGGCGUACUCCGAGAAGACGCCAGUCAGGUGCCGGCUCAGACAGGGCCCGACUGCGGCGCCAGGAGGCAAAUGCACGUGAACGGAGUCGCAUGCAUGGCUUGAACAGUGCACUGGAAAGCCUGCGCAAGGUCGUGCCAUGUUACUCGAGUGCUCAGAAGCUGUCCAAGAUAGAAACCCUGCGUCUGGCCAAGAACUACAUCCGGGCCUUGUCGGAGACGCUCAGUUCUGGCACGCGGCCCGACCUUGUGGCGUUUGCAAGAACCCUGUGCAAAGGUCUUUCUCAACCCACCACCAACUUGGUAGCAGGGUGCCUGCAGCUCAACGCGGGACGUUUCCUCGCCAGUCCGGGUGACGUUUCACCUCCGUGUGAUGCUCCCUACGCUUACGCAAAUGCAGAAACGAGCCGUGCAGACGCCACCAAACACUUCCGCUCUUUCUCCUACUGCAACAUGUAUGACUCCUAUUACAACAGCGCUUCUCCGGACAGCCAGCUCAGCCCGCCGCUGAACUAUAACGGCAUGUUCUCAUUUCAGAAACCCGACGAGCAGACGGAGUGCGUCGCGAGCUGCCGGUACGGCGCGACAUGCUGCGGCGCACCGGGACGCGCUUCCAUCAGCCGUCCUUCUGCCUACACAGCGUCCACUGACAGCCACUUUCCAAACGAGCUGCGCAUGCGCAAUCAGCCCUUCCAAACCCAGGAACAAUUGAACGCGGGGUACCAUAAUUAA